GGUGCCUAUUGCGGGGGCUGGGAAGGGGGCAAAGCCCACGGGCACGGCAUCUGCACCGGCCCCAAGGGCCAGGGCGAGUACUCGGGCUCCUGGAACUACGGCUUUGAAGUGGUGGGCAUAUACACGUGGCCCAGCGGCAACACCUAUGAAGGCUACUGGUCCCAAGGCAAGAGGCACGGCCUAGGAAUCGAGACCAAAGGACGGUGGGUUUACCGGGGCGAGUGGACCCAUGGCUUUAAGGGACGGUACGGCGCAAGGCAGAGCAUGAGCAGCGGAGCCAAGUAUGAAGGUACCUGGAAUAACGGCCUGCAGGAUGGCUACGGCACCGAGACAUACGCUGACGGAGGCACGUACCAGGGCCAGUUCACCAACGGCAUGCGGCACGGCUAUGGGGUGCGGCAGAGCGUGCCCUACGGCAUGGCCCCUGUGGUCCGCCCCCCCCUUUCCCCCAUCCCCCGUGGGGGCUUUGCCCUCAGCCUCUACGCAGAGGCGGAGGCCGGGAAGCCCAAGAAGGGAGGGCUCUUCCGCAGGGGCUCCUUGCUGGGGAAGCUGAAGAAGUCCGAGUCCAAGUCAUCCCUGGCGAGCCAGAAGAGCCGUGUCAGCUUCCUCAAGAGCGAGAGUGGGAUCAGCUCAGCCGCCAGCGAUGCCACCUCCACCGUCAGCCUGGGCGAGGGUGCCGAGGGCGAGGAGUACCCCCCCUUCGAGUCCGACAUUGAUGCCACCACCACGGAGACCUACAUGGGUGAGUGGAAGAGCGACAAGCGUGCCGGCUUCGGUGUCAGCGAGCGCUCCAGCGGGCUGAAGUACGAGGGCGAGUGGCUGGACAACCUGCGGCAUGGCUACGGCUGCACCACGCUGCCCGAUGGCAAGAAGGAGGAGGGCAAGUACCGCCACAACGUCCUCGUCAAGGGCAUGAAGAAGCGCGUGAUACCCCUCAAGAGUGCCAAGAUCCGGCAGAAGGUGGACAGGAGUGUGGAGGGGGCUCAGAGGGCUGCGGCCAUCGCCCGGCAGAAGUCGGAGAUCGCAGCAUCCAGGACGGCUCAUGCCAAAGCCAAGGCUGAAGGGUCUGAGCAGGCAGCUCAGGCAGCUAACAACGAAUCGGGCAUAGCCAGAAUGAUGGCCAGGGAGCUCUCCCCAGACUUCUACCAGCCAGCCAAUGUGGAUCUGGAAAGUUGGGAGGAAAAUAAGCAGCCUGAUUUAGCCCCCUUAGCAAGAGUUUGCAGGGGAGAAAUAGGAAUAGGGAUUGAUAGAUAUUCAAAUAGUUUGAAAUUUAGGCUGGCUGUUAAGUGCCAGAUUUAUGUGCAUCAGGAGGGGGUGAUUCUGGUGGUUUUGAACAGCAGAAUCAAGCUGUAUCUGUCUUCUUACCUGGAAUUGCAGUGUAUAAUACUCUGUUUUGGGUUUUUCCUUCAGGGACCUAACACAAUCGUGAUCUGCAUGGUCAUCUUACUGAACAUUGGUCUGGCCAUCCUAUUUGUACAUUUUUUGACAUGAUGUGCCCCUCGGACAAGGUGUUGCUGCUGAUGGAGACCACAGACCUUGGCGGGGAUUAAAACUCAGCCACCUGGAAACACCGAAGAGGAGGGCUUGAGAUCCCAAGGUUGCACUGCAAACAUGAACCUCAAACAAAAGCACCUGAAGACCAGUUCAGUCUCCCUGGUCCCAGGCUGUGGCUGGCCUCUGCAAUCUACCAAGGAAAAGCCAGGGUUUCUGCAAUUCAGCCUCCUUCUCUUCUUUGUAUAAAAUAGCAGUUGCCUUAAAUUGUUCUCACCAAAGCCAUCAACUGUCCUGUCAUGCCAGGGAUGAGGGAUUUAUCUGUAGUUGUAGGAAAAUGAGUGAGGUGGUCUCCUCCAUGCACACUGAUGUGUUUUGUAACUCCCUUGGUUGACUCAUUGCCAGAGAUUUCCCAAGAAUAUAAUCCAUGGUGUGGAGAUGAAACGAUACACAGCAACCAAAAUGACUCAUGAGAGCCGCACCAUGGCUGGGGGUGGACAACAUUGCCCUCCGUGCUCAGAAGUCAUCCAAAGGGAUGAAAAAAAAGUCUUUCCUUUCCCCAUCACCUGGAGUCGUUUUCUGCGUAUGGAGGACCGAGAGGGGGAGCAAGUUGAAAUUGGGCUUGUUGAAGUGUAACCAGAGUCCUGCCCAUGCCUGCCGACACACCACGGACAGGGGCCGCGGGGUGGGGUGCAAGGGACUGGCUGAUCUGAGGAUGUUCAUGCGUGCAGGGGGUGCUGCGGAUGGAGAUGGUGCCCAUUUCGGGAUCAGGUGCCGUCCAAGUGCUCUCCUGCCACCAGCAAUGCUCUGUGCAGAAGUGUCUUGCAGUGGGUGCCUUCCUGCUGUAACAGGAAAGGAAAUAGAUGUGCUGAAUUUGUCCCUUUACCCCUUUUUUUUUUCUGUGAAAAUGGUGCGAGUUACAAUGAAAAGGAGGUACGUACUGAAAAAUGCCUCCAUACGCCUGCAGGUUCCUCCCCUUCACACGCCAGGCUGCAGGGGGUUCCUGUGCUUUUUCCUUGCAACAGAGUGAACACUUUCCAGCCAGAGGAUACAGGGUGGCUGUCGUGGGAGAGGUUAUGUUAUUCCCGAAAGGAAAAACGUGCAGAGGCUUGAGUGACUCCGGUGUAUUUGGGUGUUAGGCUCAAAAAUACACAGCAGCCAGACUUCCAGCAGUGGUAGUGUACAGAGGGGCAAUUCUAGCUGUUGUUCUUGUGUGCGAGGCUUAGAGGCCUGGGCGAUUUGCACCGAAUAUUCCCAAAGCUGCGACAGAGAAUGACCUUUGGAAGGAGAUGUUUCUACUGUGAUGUGCUGUGACCCUCAGCAGUGCGAGCUUAGAAAGUCGGCACAGAUGAAGUUACAGUUUAGUGUGAGGCUGAGUGCUUGGACAUGUUUCUUCCUUAAGAGCAAUAUGCAUUUUCUAUCCCUUUUUAAGAUAUUCAGAAAUGUUACUUCUAGUCGGUUGUGCACCUCUGUGUAUCCUGAAAUCCCACUGCACAGGACUGGGUGGGAAAACCUGAGGGACUGGAAAGAAUGGGGAAAUGAUAGUUAAGGAAAAAAACAGAUGCCCAGUCUGCUCCAAAGGUCAGUCUGAAAGGAUUUCAGAGAUGGGGUGGCAGACAGGCAGGGAUUUACACUGACUGGAGACCCAGGGCAAAACCUGCCUAAUUCGUCUGCUCUUAAUUAUGGCAUAACAGUGAGAAUAAUUCAGUACUUUUCUUUGUGAACCAAGUUUAUUUUUUAACCUUAUUCAGCUCAGGAAUGUUGCCACAGUAGCAAAUACGUGGUGUUAACUGUGGGAGAAGUGAAUGUGAUCCCUUCCUAAAAGCCAUGUGGCUGUACCAGUCCUGAGAAAGCUGUGCAGCAUCAGCUACACUUCCACAGAGCAUAGUUUAGUAGCAAUUUGCUUCUUUCUUUUUUUUCUUCAGUAUAAAUGUAUUGCAAACCCCAGGCUCUGCUGCCUUUGACGUUUUAUCUCCAUUUGCUGGCAUUCACUUGCCAGCUCUGCAGUUUCAGUAUGCCAACUGCUUUUAUUAACCACCGAGACAAUUUCCGUUGAGAGACCUGAGGGGCUUUUAUUUAUCACUAAGCACAAAAAUGGAUCUUUUUCAACAGGUAAUUUCCCCUGCCGCCCCAAUUUUUUAUGCAU